UCUAUGUCAAAAUCAAUAAUACAAGUAUAUAUUCAGCUCGGAGGUGGCGGCAGCAGCACUGCGUUUCUUCAGCAGGGUUUAGUCAACUCGAUGCACCGCAAGGAUACAGUUCGUAGCUCGAGCAUGUACCGCGGUUCGCGUGUAUUUAUUAUACAACAUUUGUUCACGUCCACAGUCUUUCGAGGAGUGAUAUUACUCCGAUAAAUAUGUCAGUGUCCAACAACUAUCAAAUUUUUCUAAGAAACGGAAGCGGCAUCAAGUUUUUGCAUCGUAAUUAAUGGUCUUCCGUGCAAAUUGCAUUUGCGUCCAGAUAAGCGCACAAUAAAUAAAGUUGAUUGUUUUUCCAAAUAUAUAAAGAAACAGUCCAUUUAACAAAGAAUUCCAACUGUCCAUUGCUCCAUAUAUAAAUAUAUUAAAAUAGAAAUUUAUUAAAGAAAGUAAAUACAUCAAUAGAAAUUGGACUGAUUAUAUAUUAUGACGAUAGAAGCUUAUAUAACAACUGCACAAAUGGCUCAAAUUGCUUAAUCAGAUCAAACACUUAAAUCUGAACGAAACGUAUGUUGAUUGCAAAGGAUAGGUCCGUCCUAAUGGCUCAAUGUGCAAUGUUACGCCAGAAAAUUAUAUCUUCCGGAAAAAGAAAAGUUAGUUUUUUAUUACAAGAAACGCAUUGACAGCAAUUUUUUCUGCUUUGCCGCUUGCGUGAAGAAAGAAAGAAGGAAAUACGGUGCUCAUAAGGAUGCUCUCGCAUCUCUAUCAGUAAUGAUAGCGCGACCACAAUAAGGUUGUCAUACUCGUGAUUAUGAUUGCACAUGUAAGUAACCUUGACAUGAAAUCUCGACUAAUAAUGCGAUACGAUGGAAAGAUGCUUUUCACUUGACAAACACGUAGCUGACAGUCUCGAGAGAAAAAAUUUUAUUGUCCGAAUAUUUCCUGAAAAAUCUUUAUCGCGAAGAUAAUGACAAUGGAGGAAGGCGCUACGAAGGGCUGGAAAGUCGCCAGAACCGGCAUCUCCCUGUUGCUGAAUAAUAAAACCGAGGAAGCUGAAGCUCUGUUUACCGAACAUCCUCAUAGCUUCCACGUCAAAGCUGGUCGUUGCUUUGUUCUCUUCAUGAAUGCUCUGAUGACUUUUGAAGAAGACAAGUUUCAGCAGGCCACAUUAUUACUUAAAGAUAUGGAACGGGAAUGUGCAAGCGAUAUAGGAUGGCUGAAGUCAGUGAAAAGUAGGGUGUUUAGAGCGGAAGAGACGGACAAGGACUAUGUGAAUAAGUUGGAGCGCCAAAUUGUUCUAGCGGAUUCGCAAGUGUUUUCGGCGAUAUCAUUGUUCCUCCAACAAGAAUUAACCGGAUAUGUUCGCGGCUGCUGGAUGCUCCGCAAAGCUUGGCGUGUUUAUCAACAUGCAUAUUCACAAAUCUCACAACUGUAUCGUCGUACCUUUGGUUCAAAUCCAACCGGAUUCAACUUGUAUUGCAGCAGUCCAACGAGCAAUGGAUCUUCUUUGCAGAGUCCACAAAGCCCGGAAUCUUCAGAAUGGUCAAUACCAUCUUGCAAUGGUUACACGAACAAUGUGACACCUGUGUCAUCGCCAUCAGGUCUGCGAAGCUCUCUAUCAAUGUUCUUCUCGCUCACUGGCGUCACGUCCGUACAACAGACACCCUUUGUAGAACCUACUGAAGUGACACGUUUAAUGUCGGCCGCGAGUUUUGGCUAUGGUAUAUAUCAAUUAUGCGUGAGCCUCUUGCCACCGUCUGUGUUGAAGGUGAUUCACUUCUUCGGUUUUGAGGGCAAUAGGCAAUCUGGUCUCACUGCCCUUAUGCACGCACGACUUGGCGAAGACAUGCGCGCACCGCUCGCCACAUUAGCUUUACUUUGGUACCAUACAAUUGUACGUCCGUUUUUCGCACUUGAUGGACCAAAUGUAAGAGCAGGCGUCACAGUGGCGAAACAAUUGAUAACUGAAUGCAAUACCGAAUUCCAUAGCUCUGCCCUUUUUCUUUUUUUCGCGGGCAGAAUGGAACGUUUGGAGUCAAACGUCGAUGCAGCGCUAGAAGCGUUUGGCAAAGCUGUGGAAGUUGCAACUCAAAGGGAAGUUAAAUUACUGUGUUUGCACGAAGUGGCUUGGUGCUAUGUGAUACGUUUUAGUUAUGAGGAGGCAUAUCGAACCUUAUUACAAUUACAACAUCAAUCGAGAUGGUCCAAGAGUUUUUACGCGUAUUUAGCCAUGGUUUGUUGUGGAGCUAAUGGCAAAUUUGAUACUUUUUUGACGAUGUACAGCAAGAUCCUUCCUUGGUUCCACGAGACGAGAAGCGACUCGCAACUUGACGUUUUUAUUAUGCGCAGAAUACCAAAACUCGUCGAUAAGGAGACAGGACAUCCUUAUACGAUUCUGUAUUACAGAUUGCUCAUUUAUGAAUCACUGUAUUUGUGGAACGCUUUGCCAUCUUGUUCUACCGAAUCACUGCAGGGAAUAUUGAAAGAAUGCAAGGAAAAUCAUUCCGAAGAGCCGAUGGUGGGUUUGUCCGAUCUCAUUGAAGGUGCAGUGUGUCUUUAUCUGGGAGAUACUGAAGCAGCCAUUAAAAAUUAUCGAAGUUGUCUAAAGCGUAGAUGCCCGUCUAAGGAUGAGUUCGACCAGCAUAUCAGCGCAUUUGCGCUGUAUGAAUUAGGAAGUAAUCUUUCUAACACUAACAAUCCUAAUGAAGGCAGAAGUUUUUUAUUAAAGGCACAAACUCAGUACAAAGAUUACGAUUUUGAAACCCGACUCAAUUUACGUAUACAUUCCGCCCUCAAAGAAAUAUAGUAAUCAACUGUAAGCGUCCGAUAUUACAUUGUAAUAUAAAAUAGCUUUAAUAUCAAAAAACGUAUUUAUGUUCGGAUUCGAUAGAAACGUUUUAUAUAUAUUAUUACCGUCCAAAAUCUUGUUAUUUUAACAAUAA